AUGCCACGCCGUGAAGGAUACCAGAACGCCGUGAGCUUCACGAUCAGCAUCUGUCUAGUGUUCACCACUUGCGUCGCCAUUAUCCGGUCUUGGAUACGCAGGCAUGCAUAUGGCUCCGACGACGCCAUAAUCGCAGCGGCCACAAUCACUUCUCUUGGCCAAAUCGGCGCAAGCUACGUGAGCUAUGCAAAGGGUCUCGGCAAGCCUUGGACGAGGAUCGCCGUGCAGGAUGACUUGCGCAAUUUGAAUCAAGCCUCGGUCGCUAGCUUGGUCCUGUUUCUCAUUACGUUGUAUCUGUCGAAAGUUGCAAUGAUAGCCUUCCUGACCCGUAUCACAAAGGCUCCUGCUCAAAUCAAGCUUUACCAUGUUUGCAAUGGCAUUGUUGCUGCGUUCGGCUUGGCCUCGAUUAUUGUUGCUACGGCUGGCUGCUCGAGUGCUUCAGGCUACUACUGGGCAUUUGAAAGUAACAAGUCGACUUGUAGUUCACAGCACAUUCGAUGGCAGAUUAUAACAGUCUUUGACUGCGUCACGGAAGCUCUACUCCUGGGUCUACCUGUACAUUUGGUCUGGGGACUCCAGAUGCGACCGUUGCGAAAGGCGAUGAUUGUCACUGCCUUCUGGGUCCGUUUUCCUACUCUAGCUUUCUCAGUAGCGAGAAGUCACUAUACCUUGCGCUUAAGUCGACGAGAAUCCGAUGCCGGUCUCGACAGCGCAUUCGUCAACAUCUGGAUGGAGAUAGAACUUGCCUACGCGAUAGCAGCGAGCACCUUGUCAGCGUUGAAGACCUUCACUGAAAGCUUCAACACUGGUUUCGGCGUCGCGCAGCUGCGUGGCAAGUCGGAAGGCAGCUAUGGCGUGUCUGACGGUUCUGGAUGUUCCGGAAAUAAGGCCCAGCCACAGGUGGAAGAACGUACUGUGCAGCCAUGCGAGCUUGCGGCAGACCAACGACAGAGCUUGAGGUCGACAUUUCACCAAGAUCUAUCCAGUAGAGAUCUUCGGGUUGAGCCAUAUGAGCUCGGUUGUGGGAGCAGCGCUGGAAGUACUGAUCUUAGCGACGACAUGGCGAUACUCCGUGUGCCGGCACAUUCUGUGUGA